AUGUCAUCUCCUCCUCGCUUAUUCUUGAUUCUUUUCUUGCUUGUUUCCACUUCCUCUUUCCUCUUCCAGAUCUCAUCUGCAGCCCAUGAAGAUGAAGGUCAUGAUAUAGACGUAGAUCCAAACCUCAAGUUUGAGAACCCUAGGAUCCGCAGAGCCUACAUUGCCUUGCAGUCAUGGAAACAAGCCAUCUAUUCAGACCCACUCAACUUCACGGCCAACUGGAAGGGCUCAGACGUGUGCUCUUACAUGGGGAUCUUUUGUGCUCCAUCUCCCCAGAACAAGAAAGUAAGGGUGGUGGCUGGCAUUGACCUCAACCAUGCUGACAUUGCUGGCUACCUCCCUACCGAGCUCGGCCUUCUUACCGAUCUGGCACUCUUCCACAUCAACUCCAACAGAUUCUGUGGAGUGGUGCCCAAUAGUUUCAGCAAAAUGAAGCUUCUACAUGAGCUGGACCUUAGCAAUAAUCGGUUUGUGGGCAAAUUUCCGAAGGUUGUUCUCUCAUUGCCUUCCCUCAAGUACUUGGAUCUGCGCUUCAACGAGUUUGAAGGUUCUGUGCCCUCCCAGCUCUUUGACAAGCCUCUUGAUGCUAUCUUCUUGAACGACAACAGGUUCCAGUUUGGCAUCCCAGAGAAUCUUGGGAACUCUCCUGUUUCUGUUCUUGUCUUUGCGAACAACAACCUUGGUGGGUGCAUUCCAGGCAGCAUCGGAAAGAUGGGCAAAACCCUGAACGAGAUCAUUCUCAUGAACGACAAUCUCACUGGAUGCUUGCCUCCCCAGAUCGGGAUGCUCAAGGAAGUAACUGUUUUUGACGUGAGCUUCAAUCAUCUUCAAGGCUCUCUCCCUUCCAGCAUUGGAAACAUGAAGAGUGUUGAGCAACUUGACAUUGCACACAACAGUUUCACAGGUGUUAUACCUGCCAGUGUUUGCCAGUUGCCUAAUUUGCAAAACUUCACCUUUUCUUUCAACUAUUUCACUGGCGAAGCUCCUAGCUGUGCUGCUAUCGGAGGCGUCUCCAAUAGUACCCAGAAUUGCAUUCCUGGAAAGACAAAUCAGAGAUCAGCCAAGCAAUGUUCUUCUGAAGCUGCACGCCCUGUUGACUGCAGCAAGUUCAAAUGCGGUGGCAGUGGUGGCGGAGGUGGAAGUGGCUCUCCAUCAACACCACCACGACGGCCGUGGAGAGGUUCUCCAGUUAGAAGGCCAGCACCAAAUCCUGCACCCAUUAGAAAGCCAUUCUUAGCAUCACCACCACCACCACCCACUUCCAAGUCUUCACCUUCCACCAGAUCACACCCCCCACCACCUCCUACAAGGUCUUUCCAUCCGCCGCCAUCUCCACAUUUUGCAUCCCCACCACCGCCUAGUAAAAAAGUAUCGCCCAGAACGCAUCUUCCACCACCACCGCCUCCACCCCCAUCUCCACCUCCACCUCCACCUGUAGAACAACAGCCACCAACUUAUCACCAUAUACCGCCACCACCAUCUCCUCCUCCUCCACCCAGCCAUUACCACUCAAAUCAUCCAGCACCGCCACCUAUCAAAAAAGUCUCACCCGGUACUCAUUACCAUGUACCACCACCCCCGCCUUCCCAUCAAUACCAAGCACCACCGCCACCAAAGCAGUCAGCUGAAGUUCCAGCACCAAGUUACCACCCUAACUCUCCACCACCACCCCCGCCUUCCUGUCAGUACCAAGCACCACCGCCACCAAAGCAGUCAGCCGAAGUUCCAGCACCAAGUUACCACACUAACUCUCCGCCGCCACCCCCUCCACCAACGAAUGGAUAUACACAUUCUCCUCCUCCAACCCAGCCUACUGCUCCAGUUCCAUCACCAGUAGAGUAUUACCCACCUAAAGCAGCUUCUAGUCCACCUCCACCUCCAUUAUAUCAGACGCCGCCACCACCAAGUUACCACACAAACUCUCCACCACCACCCCCUCCACCAACGAAUGGAUAUACAUAUUCUCCUCCUCCAACCCAGCCUACAGCUCCAGUUCCAUCACCAGUAGAGUAUUACCCACCUAAAGCAGCUUCUAGUCCACCUCCACCUCCACCUCCAUUGUAUCAGACGCCACCAUCACCGCCGCCGCCUUCACAAGAACCAUGGCUUCCCCUACCACCUCCACCAUCAUCUGGGUGUAUCACUCCAGAAUCCCCGCCGCCGCCAUCACCUACACCAAGCUAUCAGCACCCACACCCGCCGCCGCCGCCGCCACCUACCCCAAGCUACCACUACCCGCAAUCACCAUCUCCACCACCACCUAUGACAAGCUAUGAACACCCACAAUCACCUCCACCGUCGCCACCUGUGCCAAGCUAUCAUCACCCGCAAUCACCUCCCCCUCAUCAACAACAGUGGCAUUAUCCACCAUCAAUAUCCCAUCAACAAAGUCCUCCGCCACCUCCCCAUAAUUCAUAUGCACCCCCACCACCACCACCGACUCCAUCGCCGCCGCCGCCAGCAAUUGAGAACACAGUUCCACUUCCACCGAUUGUAGGAGUAUCGUAUGCAUCUCCUCCUCCCCCAACAAUUCCCUACUAUUAAGUGGCAGGUUGCUGGCAGGCAUGAGAUGAUAUAUUACAAGGAUUAAUGGCACGGUUUCUAAAUUUUUUUCUUCUAAUAUUGUUGCACAAGGAGAAGGAUGAUUAAGAAGAUGUGAGUCACAGGUGAGUCGGUCAUGUUGAGAAAUAUUCUUUUGCGUCUACAACAUUGACAAUCAUCCAUCGGUUCCACCCACGCGUUUCGUGUUUUUGCUGAAGCAAUUGCUAUAAUUCUUUUUUUUUUUUUAAUUUGAUUUUCUGAUUUUUUUUUUAAUUUUCGAAGAACAAACUAAAUUGAUCAAGUUGUAGCAAUUAAUAACAUAUUAUUGUAUAAGUUUCUGUUAAUUUUUUA